AUGAUUGAGGAAGUGGUUGAGGUUCGGAACAACCACAGCCGAUACUCUCGAGGCCAGAUUUUAGCCCUGGUCGCCGCAACGCUGCCAGGAGCCGCCACUGCUUUGCGGACCCGUCACCGCCAAAUGGUGACCGGCUUGCUAGCGGGCAGCUUCGACCCGAACUUGCCGACUCGAGACGGCCGGACCCCGCUCCACCUCGUUGCUCUCACCGGGAAGAAAGCGCUGGUGUUGAGCUUGCUAGAGCACGGUGCCACCAUGGACGCACGGUACGCAACGGGUGAGUCACCACGUGUCGAGGCCUCCUACAAAGUCAAGCAAGCUAUCGUGGAGACCCUGCUCUCCAAGGGGGCUGCCGCCAACCUCCGAGGAACCGUUCCGCUGUACUAG